AUGGGUCGCCCGAUACCGUCCCGGUUCAUCCAUCCUGCUCCACCACCGUCGUAUGCACCAACACCGACACCACCAUGGCAUCCUCCGCCGCCGUCUUCAAAUCAAGGAGGCUGGUUUAUCCUCGCCCUCGUCGGUGCAUUCGUGGUGGGGCUGUUCUAUUUCUUCGUCUGCGGCACCCUCAGUAGGCACUGCGAAGACCGCGAUCGCGCUGAGGCGGCGGCAGCACCACCACCCGCCGCCCCUCCGCCGCCGCCGCAGCUGCAGCCUAGCCGGCACUACGAAGAGCUGCAUCGUCUUCGCCAGGCCACGGCCGUGAAUCCGGCGGCCCGUCGUCGUCUACCGGCGUUCAGGUACGACCGGUCCGUGAAGCAUAACGUGGUGGACGGAGGGGAGGAGGAGCCGGCGGCGGCGUGCCCGGUGUGCCUCGGGGCGUUCCGGCUCGGGGAGACCGUGCGGCUGCUGCCGAUGUGCCUGCACCUCUACCACGUGGAGUGCAUCGACCCGUGGCUCGACGCGCACUCGACCUGCCCGAUCUGCCGCUCCGACACCGUUCCGAGGAUAGACGACGUUGCCCGGCGGUAGGCUGAUCUUCCCUGCCGACGG